AUGAAAAAUCGUAAUGUAAUCAAAGAACUAGUUUCGGAUACAGGAGACUCGAAGCGUCCACCAAUUGUUGGUAUUAAAAUAAACAAUUAUAAUAUCACAAAGAUUACAAAUGAAUAUAUAAAUUCAACAUUAAAUGUAGACUUUCCUCAAUUGGAAAUUGAGAUAUCUUUUGAUCGCUUAUCAACUCAAGCACCAUUGACAGUUGAAAAUGAUUUUUUUUCUAUAGGAUUCAAACGACUUUAUAUACUUGUUGCAUGUCAUCUUACUUCUGGACUCAUCAAGCAGACACUUUCACAAGCACCAGAAUCACAACAAUAG